UGAAAUCAGUUGACAAAUAUUGGUAAAAUAUAUUCUAGCUAAUAAAGUAACCGUCCUCCACAAUCAUUAUAGUGAAAUAAGUAUCCAAAGCACUGCCAAGAAAGAAAAAAAAACUUUAUUGGCGAUUCAGAGACCCUGGAAUCUGACCGUCUCAGUGAACCAGUUACCUCUUCAAUCCGCAGAACAACGUCUUGGAACACGUGUUCCCAGAGCUGUUUCAAUGGUUUAGCUCGGCCAAUUGACAAGAAAAGGACGAGGAAGACACAAUACAGGGAACAAGAAGAGAAGAUGGACCACGAUUGGAUCAAUCCCUGCUUGAACUCCAUUGAGCAUCAUUGUAAUAACUACGAACAAAUUCAUCAUGAAAAUAAAGGCUCGGCUUACAACUACGAUCCACAUCUGGAACUGGAGAAACCUGUGGAGAGUGGUAACCUGCUUUAUCAAGAAUUGACCGUGAGCACAAACAAACCUCACAUCAACCAUGGAUCUGUUCCUUGUUCCGACCAUAAGCGUCUGACCCGUGAAGAAAAGAGGCGCCGCAGAAGGUCCAGUUUGAAAUAUCGCACAGCUCAUGCGACUCGAGAAAGAAUCCGAGUGGAAGCUUUCAAUUCGUCGUUUCAAAACCUACGAACCUUACUGCCCACAUUGCCACCGGAUAAGAAACUCUCAAAGAUCGAGAUUUUGCGGCUGGCCAUUUGCUACAUAACCUACCUUAAUAGUGUCCUCUACCCCGAAAGCCAACAAUAAUGAGGCAUCUAAAUUUCUUUCACUCAAUCGACUACCUCAUCCUGACCACCAAUCCUUACAUGGUAUAUUGUACGAUUAUGAUUCCGGUCACAGCAUGCUUGCUCGCUCGCCUUACUCUUCCAUAUUUGAUUAGUUGCAAACCUAGUUCUUCAUUGAAAUACAACAAUUAAUCGCACAGCACCCAGCAGACCAUCUUUUCAAAAUGGGUUUGCCCUUCCCUGACUUUGCGUGACAAGUAAAUCCGCCGUAAUAUCGAACUGAAAGUAUAGCCCCUUGUUGGUGGGCGAAUUUGCGAUUUCUCGGCUUUUUCAACCCCCAAAUUUCUAACGUACUGAAUGCUACUGUUUUUUAAAGUUCUGGAGAAGACAUUGAAGAAAAAUGUAGUUUUAUUUAUCGCUUGAUGAAUAGUUGGGUUAUUCAAUCGUACUUUGGUUGGGAAGUUUCUCCCAAACGGAGUCAUAAGCCACACAUCUCACGCUCUUAAUAGGGCAAACUAUGCCUUUGAUGGACAGGCAGAUUGUGUGAAAAAGUGCAAUAGUGACGAAGUUAUUUAUCAACGAAGGUUAAUUGUAACUCUCCUUGUAGAGUUAUUCAAUGUAAAAUUAUGAAUUACAUACACUAUCAUAAUCUACUCAAUAAUCAUCUUAAAUGACAUAUUUGUUAAUUAGAUCUUAUAAUUGCAUUAUUGAAAACUGCAGUACCUUGAAAUAAAUUUGCUGUCCAGAAUGUCCCGCUAAACCUAUUAUUCCUAAAUAUUUUAAACAAUGCCAAAGUUAACGGCGCUGUAUAUUUUCUACAAUCGGUAUACUCUCUGAACAACACUGAGAGAGCAGAUUAGUAAUCUGAU